AAUAAGUAAGUAUUUAAUAAAUGAUUUGUUAUUUGCCUAGAAGAAUGAAUGAAUUCAGGUGAAUUCAUCAUGGAUAAGUAGCAAAGUGAAGGACAUCUAAGACCUUAAAAUGACACCAUGCUCUUCAGAGUCAAAUUUCGCUUUAGAGAAUGGAAGUGAUUUUCAUGCCUGACAGAGAUUAAAAUGUGAAUUUCCAAGCUGCCCUUUCCAUUCCCAACACCUCCACCAGCAAACAAAACAAAACAAAACAAAAUGCAUAAGAAUAAAUAAAAAGUUCCGGGUCUUUGAGGUCCCAUCCAAUAUAAGCAUAGAAUGUAGAUGAGCAAAGUGAGUGGGCGAGUGAAAUCAUUUGCGACAAAAACCCAUUAUUUACAGAUGAGCAAUUUAUAUUGUCAGCAUAAUAUCUGUGGGGCUAAACAGAGCUGGAGAGCAUAUAAAAGCAGAGCGUUUGAGUGCAGAAGUGCAGAGCUCAGGGCACAGAGCACACCUGAAGUCCCACAGUGGGCUGGCCAGCGCUCCACCUGUCCUACACCGCUCGCUAAAAUCAGAAGGGAGCAAAAAUGAAGAGCAUUUACUUUGUGGUUGGAUUGUUUAUAAUGUUGGUACAAGGCAGCUGGCAGCGUUCCCUUCAAGACACGGAGGAGAAACACAGAUCUUUCUCAGCUUCCCAGACAGACCUGCUUGAUGAUCCAGAUCAGAUGAAUGAAGACAAACGCCAUUCACAGGGGACAUUCACCAGUGACUAUAGCAAGUAUCUGGAUUCCAGGCGUGCUCAAGAUUUUGUUCAGUGGCUGAUGAAUACCAAGAGGAACAGGAAUAACAUUGCCAAACGUCAUGAUGAAUUUGAGAGACAUGCUGAAGGGACCUUUACCAGUGAUGUAAGCUCUUAUUUGGAAGGCCAAGCUGCCAAGGAAUUCAUUGCUUGGCUGGUGAAAGGCCGAGGAAGGAGAGACUUCCCAGAAGAAGUCACCAUUGUUGAAGAACUCCGUCGCAGACAUGCCGACGGCUCUUUUUCAGAUGAGAUGAACACUGUUCUUGACACUCUUGCCACCAGGGACUUUAUCAAUUGGCUGAUUCAGACCAAAAUCACUGACAGGUGA